AUGCCUGACGCUUUAAGUAGUGAAACUAUUUACCUAAAUAUAGUCCAAGUUUAUUUUGAAGAUGAUGCUUUCCAACACUUAAAUAAAUUGAUUCAAUCUAAACGUCAUAACAACACUAACUGGACUUGUUACAGUUGCAAAAAUAAUUUGGAUACUGACGACAGUGUUGAAUGUGACAAAUGUUUAUUUUGGAACCAUUGGGCAUGUGUUGAGUUGACGGAAGCACCACUUAACGAUUGGUUCUGCCCUAAGUGUAAACUUGAAAAUAAUAAUUAA